CAACCAGGCACUGAGCAACACAUUAAUUCCAUAAAUCUUCGUAAACCAAAAAAACGCGCGACAAAAAGGUCCAUCGCGGUCGUUUACCUUGGGAUCCCUUUUACCCACUUCUUUGUUUAUCAUAUCUCACGUCUUCACGACAUAUUAUCACACACUCGAUACACUUCGCGUCGCUGUUGCUACGAUGGGAGAAUCUAGGCAAGAACUUGUGGCAUGGCUCAACAGCCUGCUGCAGCUGAAUGUCACCAAGGUUGAACAGUGCGGUACUGGAGCGGCUCUGUGCCAGAUCUUCGACAGCAUCUAUCUUGAUAUCCCAAUGGCCCGCGUCAAGUUCAACGUCAACACCGAAUAUGCCUACCUGCAAAACUUCAAGAUCUUGCAAAACUGCUUCACCAAACACCAAGUCGACCGCAUCAUCCCCGUCGAGUCCCUGAUCAAAUGCAAAAUGCAAGACAACCUCGAGUUCCUGCAAUGGUCCAAGCGCUACUGGGACCAGUACUUCCCUGGCGGCGACUACGACGCCGUCUCGCGCCGUCGCGGCUCCGGUGCACCCCCCGCUGCCGCACCCGCCUCGCGCACCUCCGCCGGCUCCGCAGCUGCCCGUCGCGGCGGCACCACGCCCACGACUGGAGGCGCUCGCAUCGGUGCUGGCAAGGUUGGCGGUGGCCCCGGCUCGGCGGCGCUCCAGGCUGAGAACAAUACCCUGAAGGAGACGGUGCAGGGGUUGGAGAGGGAGAGGGAUUUCUACUUCUCGAAGCUGAGGGAUAUCGAGUUGUUGAUCCAGCAGGCGGUUGAGGAGGAUCCGGAGAUCGAGAAGCAGGAGGAUGGCCUUAUCAAGCAUAUCCAGACUAUUCUGUACAGCACGGAGGACGGCUUUGAGAUCCCGGCGGAGGGGGAGGGGUUGGAUGAUCAAGAGACUUUUUAA